AGCGCAGGCGCACAACGUCCUUUCUCUUCAUCCCCUUUCCAAAAUGACUGCUCGGCUAAAGAAAACUCGAAAACUGCGGGGCCAUGUGAGUCACGGUCAUGGUCGUGUUGGAAAGCAUAGAAAGCAUCCUGGUGGCCGUGGAAAUGCAGGAGGACAGCAUCAUCACAGGAUUAAUUUUGACAAAUACCAUCCAGGAUACUUUGGUAAAGUGGGUAUGCGUUACUUCCACAAGACAAUGAACAAAUAUCACAAACCAACUGUGAAUUUGGAUAAACUGUGGUCCCUUGUCAGUGAGCAAACCAGAAUGUAUUACAAGGACAAGACUGAUGGACCAGCACCAGUUAUUGAUGUUGUCAGAGCUGGUUACUACAAGGUUCUUGGCAAGGGUCUUCUUCCCAAACAGCCAGUGAUUGUUAAAGCAAAGUUUUUCAGUCGCAGAGCUGAAGAAAAGAUCAAGGAAGUUGGAGGCGCUUGCGUCUUAGUGGCGUAAAAAUUCAUGCAACUGUACAAAAUAAUAAAAGUUUUCUGGUUGGA